AUGGACGUAGAUAGCGAAGUUGUUGUGGGAAGCGCGCGCGGGGCGGGCUGGGCGCCGGGCGCGCCUCCUCGUGUUGUCUACUACAAUAAAAUAUAUUUUUUGGACAAUACUGUUUUAGAAGAUGUUUGUGCAAAACACGGAUUUGAAGCGACUGAGUAUGACCUAAAACACCAUAACCAUAUCCUGGAUUUAACAACAACCAUUCGGUUUUGCAACUUGCCCAACAAGGCUUUACUUGAAAUGGUCGAAGCUGAAAGGAAAAGACUGGAAUCAAAUGUUACAGUUGGAUUAAUGUUAAAUGAUGGUGAAAGAAUAAUGGGAGAUUUUUCGCCCAACACGUCUCUUUAUGACUUAAUAACAUCAUUAGCACCAAAUGAACUACCUUCAUUUAAAAAUCCAACAAUUUUAUAUAUGAGACAGGAAGUAAUAGGGCUACCUGCUUUAAAACAAAAGACUUUAAGGCAGCUUGGACUACUUACAGGCAGAGCAAUACUUCGAUUAUUAGACAAAACUGGGGAAGCUACACAAGCAAAUGUAUCCUCAGUUUAUAGACGGAUUCCUGAGAAAGAAGAAUUGAUGAGCGAUGAAAAAAAAUUACAAGAAAAUAAAGUUAAUGAUAAAGAUGCAGGUCCGUCAGGUGUACAAAUAGAUAAAGAUACUCAAAAAACAUUUGAUCCCAUUAAAUUGAUUCAAAAAGAAAAAGAAACAAAGGCAGUUCUUCCGGCCCAAUCACUUGAAAGCUCCAAUGAUGAAAACAUGGACACAAGUGAACCACAACAUUGUGGAAAAGCUAUAAAAGAAGAAAAACCAGAACCUACCAAGCCAGUUAUAACUCAAGAAAACCUUGAGAGACGUCUUAGGAUUGAAGAAGAAGUUACUUUUGUAGGAUCUCAAAAAGCUAUAGCAUUUAUGCAGCCAGAUGUCAAGGAAGAUGAAAUAUCAGACUUACCGGAUGACUUUUAUGAGUUAUCAAUUGAAGAAGUGCGAAAGAUGUAUCAUGAAUUACAACAACGUCGUAUCGAACUAGAAAAUACUCCAAUGCUUACUACAACAAAACGAGAUGAAAUCGCACAACAGACAUCACUUCAAAAGCUUAAUACAUAUAAAAAUGUUGUCGUGAGAAUUCAAUUUCCUGACAAUAUUAUUCUUCAAGGUGUGUUUACACCAACAAACACAGUGCAAGAUGUUCAAAACUUUGUUAGAGAGCACCUACAUCACUCUGACAAGCCAUUUCAUAUAUUUACAACUCCAUUAAAAGAAAUGUUGGAUCCUAAAAUGACAUUACUUGAAGCUAAAUUUGUGCCUUGUGUUCAUAUGCACUUUAAAUGGAUGGAAGGGGGUGCUGUGGAACCAUACUUGAAAGAAGAAAUAUACUUAAAAAAGACUACAAGUGAUGCAGCAAGUAUAUUGGCAUCAAAAUAUCGUGCACCUAACAGAAGGAAGUUAGAGGAAUCAUCAAACAAUCCUCAAAACGGAAACCAACCUUCAUCAUCAAAACAAAGCAAGAUGCCAAAGUGGUUCAAGAAAUAG